AUGCUCCUCUGCAUUCUACAAACUGCCAAAACAGACAGACGGUCAGUCAUUCACUAUCUGGAGGCGGUUUAACACUAAAGAGAGUUGGAGACAAAUUUUCUGAGGUGCGUAAGGCUUGGCAGUCCAAGCUACAGCCUAUUGACUCAUGGCGAUUAACACUGAUGUCGAGGACUGGGGCGGUGUUGGGAGUAAUGACUCUGGAGAAAGGGCGUGGCUCUUGCAGAGCCCCAGUGUGGAUUCUGUCCAGCAUCUUGAGACAGACAGGAGGGGGACCGGAGGCGUGUCGUCUUGGGCAGCGGUCUUCAUCGUAGUGAACGCAGCACUGGGAGCGGGUCUACUCAAUUUCCCUGCAGCCUUCAACAUGGCAGGAGGAGUGACGGCAGGAGUUAUGCUUCAAAUGUUUAUGCUGAUCUUCAUAAUCAGUGGACUGGUGGUUCUGGGGUACUGCUCCCAGGUCAGUAAUGAAAGCACCUAUCAGGAGGUUGUCCGAGCCACUUGUGGGAAAGUCACAGGAGUCGUAUGUGAAGUAGCCAUUGCUGUCUACACCUUUGGGACUUGUAUUGCUUUCUUUAUUGUCAUUGGAGACCAGCUGGAUCGCUUGGUGGCUGCAGUGGCUCAUAACACAGAUGGUACUGUCAGUGGCUACUGGUACACUGACCGCAAAUUUACCAUCUCUGUCACUGCAGUCCUGAUUAUUCUUCCUCUCUCCAUCCCCAAAGAGAUUGGCUUUCAGAAGUAUGCCAGUGCACUGAGUGUGAUGGGAACCUGGUAUGUGACUAUCGUGGUCAUAAUAAAGUGCAUCUGGCCAGAUAAAGACACGACUCCAGCCUACAUACCUGCCAGUUCUGCAUCCUGGACUGCAGUUUUCAAUGCAAUGCCCACCAUAUGCUUUGGUUUCCAGUGCCACGUCAGCUGUGUGCCCGUGUUCAACAGCAUGAGCAGAAAAGAGAUCAAACCUUGGGGAGUCGUAGUCACUCUGAGCAUGAUAAUCUGCCUCUUUGUUUACACAGGAACAGGUGUCUGUGGCUUCCUGACGUUUGGUGCCAACGUCAAUCAGGAUGUGUUGAUGUCGUACCCUUCUAAUGAUAUUGCUGUGGCCAUCGCAAGAGCUUUUAUUGUCAUCUGUGUCAUCACCUCCUACCCCAUUUUACACUUCUGUGGCAGGGCAGUUGUAGAAGGACUUUGGCUGCGUUUCCAAGGCGAGCAGGUGGAGGUGUGUGUGCGUCGUGAGCAGAGGAGGAGGAUCCUGCAGACGCUGGUGUGGUUUGUUGUCACCCUCGUCCUCGCCCUCUUCAUCCCAGAUAUUGGUCGGGUGAUCUCGCUGAUCGGAGGAUUGGCAGCCUGCUUUAUCUUUGUCUUCCCAGGUUUGUGUUUAAUGCAAGCCAAGCUGUCAGAGACAGACAGCCACACUAUAAGCUGGCAUGGAUUGGUGGUCUUUGGUGUUGUCAUGGUUACGAUUGGAGCUUUCAUCUUUGGCCUCACCACGACCAACUCCAUCUAUCAAGACAUCAGUUAAAGGGAACCGUUUUAUCGGAGCCAGCGGUGUUUUAAGACUGAGGGGGGGCUUGGUUCUGUGCUGCUAUUCUGAACUACUUGAUGGAGAAGCAUCUCAUGACACUCAUUUAAAAAUUCUCUACGGCAUGUCGCAUCCCUGCUCCAUACUGAGUUAACGCUCCACAGCUCUUUACUCAGUAAGAUAGAAGUCAGAGACACCCCACGAUGCCAAAUGACUUCAGACACUUUGCCUUUUACUUUAUGUACGGUUUAAAUUGCACGUUUUACGUUUUUAUGAUGGUUUAAACUUGCAGCGAAACCUUGACAGUUUGACAGUUCAGGGGCACAGAGGGGCUUCCCUUGUCUCUGGACGACUCAUUCCUGUCCUGUUUACAAUAGCUGAAGGACUUUGUAUAGAAAGGUUUUACAAUCAAAUUGAUUUUGAUAAUGAAAUUGUACCAAUUUGUGUAUUUUAACUUGCAUGUCAAAGUAAAUAUUUCUUACUGAAACUGACAUGCUGUUGUUGCCAGGUGCUAUCCCGGUCCGGACUAUAAUGUCGCUGCUGGUGAUAGUUUGUCCACAAAUUAAGAAGUUAGUUUCUUCUCCAAUGAAUAAUAUAAUUGAGUGAAACAUUUGUACAAGCAAGGAUUCUGAAUCAUUGAGUGAUGUGAUAACUGCAGGGUGGGACAGUUUGUCUUGUUUAUUUAAUUUCCAGUCAGUACCUCUUAAAUGAGUUUAAAUAAGGGAGGUUUUCAAAUAUUUGGGCAUUGCAACUUAAUAUUACACUUUAAAAUAAAUUUAGGAAGGCAUUCAUUUUUAAUUUUUGUUGGUUUCUUGUAUAUUUUAUAACAAUGGUACUAUUAUGAUUUUAUAAUUGGCUUUUAGGUAAAACCAUAUUUGUUGUUUGAGAAAGUACAAAGUUACAUUCAUGUAAGCCUGCAGGCCUUUAAAAAAGAUUAGAUUACUUCAAUGUGCAAAACAGUUAACUGCCAGACUGGCAGAAAGCUACAGCAGUGUGCCUCCCCAAAAACUGCACAGAUCUGCAAGAUGAGCAGUGACCAAACCCAAACUCUUUUCAAGAGUGCUCAUGGGUUUGAAAAUGAUAGUUCUUUAUGAAUGUAUGCAAAAAAAUGGAUGUAACCUAAGCAGAAUUCAGUUUGUACAUAAUUUACAGAGGCCAACUAGUCAAACUGAGUGGGCGGUUUUAUUUACUUGAAUCGGUUCACGCCACUGCAGACUUUGUUUAAAGAAUGAGAAGUUAGAAAUGUAUUUUUGUUUUUUUUUACAAAAACCAAAAGUGUGAGCUUUGUUUUCUAAGCUUCCAACAGCACUGUGGAGAUAGGUCAGGCAACGUGAGACUAAUUUAACACUAAAUAUGUUUAUAACAUUUAUUCAGUUGUAUUAAGCAUUUAAAAAAAAAAUUUAAUCAAUCAAGCUGCAAAUGCAGCUGACCUACACUACCGGUCAAAAGUUUGGGGUCACUUAGAAAUUUCCAUUCCACUCCAUUAUAGACCGAAUACCAGCUGAUGUGAGUGGGUGGCUGAUGUUUAAUGCAAUAUCUAUAUUGUCCAUUAUCAGCAACCAUUCAUCCAAUGUUCCAAAGGCACAUUUGGGUUUACUAAUCUGUACUAAUAUCAUUUUAAAAGGCUAACUGAGAAAACAUUGGAGAACCUUUUUGCAAUUAUGUAAGCACAUAAUGUAAUCUGAAAACUGCUGCCCUGGUUAAAAAAAAAAAACAAUGCAACUGAUCUCAGCUGGUAUUCUGUUUGUAAUGGAGUGGAAUGGAAAUUUCUAAGUGACCCCAAACUUUUGACCGGUAGUGUACAUUUAAAAUCAGGAAAAUGUUCAAAGGUUUACAUGGACAUGGCAAUCAAGAACAAACGGGGGGGGAUUUAACUGUAUCACAGCUAAUAAUCUUAGGAAUGUUAAGCAUGUUAUAAUUUAAGUGGGAUUCUCGACAGCCUUUUGUUUUUACGGUUUUAUGAAACUCCGCAACAUAAGGUGAUUUUUUUUCUGUGGACAUGAGGGACAGUAAAGGUUAAAGGGAUAUUGUUCUCUAAAAAAGCAAUUGCAUUGUAUUAGUCAGCUGUUGGAUUAAAUAUAUUUAGAAGCUACAGUCAAAACAGUAAUGCUGUCUGUGACCAGUACAAAAACCUGAGCAUCAUAAAAAUGUCUUGAAAUCAUUGUUAAUAUGAAUUGUUUUAUGGUGUGGUGUUGAAAUGUAUUUUUCUCUUAACCUUUUGGUGCUACAGACACUAGUUAUUCUGGUCAUGAGUGAAUGUCCGAUGCAUUUAUGAUUUCUGUCACUGAUUGACUGUGUUUUCAGUAAACUUCAGGAUGUAUA